AUGUCCUUGACACAGCCUACCGUUGUGCUAGUACCUGGUGCAUGGACGCUACCUGGUGCAUACCGAAAACUGGUUGAUGCACUCCAAGCAAAAUCCUUUACUGUUCAUGUACCGGCUUUACCAUCAAAUAACGGUGCUCGACCGCCCAAUUCAUCACACGAUGCUGAUGUGGCGGCUGUACGCGAAAUAGUCGAGCCUCUCGUUAAUGAUGGCAAAGAGGUUAUUCUAUUCAUGCAUUCGUACGGAGGUGUCGUGGGAACGAAUGCUAUCGAGGGUCUCACUCGCAAGGAUCGCGAAGCCAAGGGCGUUUCCGGUGGCGUUGUUUAUCUGUUCUACUUGUCGGCUUACCUUUUAGCCAAGGGCCAGAGUAUUUGGACCCUAAUUGAGGAUCUGGGUGUCUCAUUGGAGAGCAUCCCAGAAAUUACUUUUGAAAAAGAUGGCACCUGGUUUCUUAAUGAUCCUGUUCAGGCUUUAUGUCACGACGUAAGUCUUGAGGAUCAGGAGGAACAAAAACGGCAAUCUACGCAUCAUAACUUGGACGCUAUUAAGGGGAAGACGGUGUACGAAGCCUGGAAAGAUGAGGCUCAGGUCGCUAUUAAGAAAGUAGUACUGGAUUGCGCGCAUGCGGCAUACGUAAACUAUCCGGAGAAACUGGCCGACCUGGUGGUUGAGGCGUCUCGUUCCACAGGCUUGUGA